UGUCUCUCUAUGGGGUACAAUGACGUAUAGAGGACACACUGUACUAGUGCUACUGGUUAUCCUGUACACAGCACAGGAGGCCAAAGGGAGCUGUUCCUCUCCAACUACACUAUGUUGCCCUGGACAUAACAACAGCUGCAGGCGCAAUGGCUGCUACUGUGAUGAAUACUGCCUUACAGUCAUAGACUGCUGUAGUGACUACAAUUCAACUUGUACAUCCUCCCAGCCCACCACCAGACUCAUCUUGAAAAUGAAAGGCAAAAUGCCUGCCAACGCAGGAGAGGAGAAAAUACAAGAGGCUUUGCAGAAACUGACCCUUGCUCUAGAGGCCAAAGUCCAGGCUGUCUGCUCACACUGCACAAUCCAAAUUCUCAGGCACAAAAAGACCAGUCAGCCUUGACACGGCCCUAAUCUGUUUUGAGUAUCAUGAACUGUUUUGAACAGUAUUUACUAAAUGGCAUUUAUUUACUCAUUUAGUACUUAAAGCCAGAGAGACCUCCACUAAGGAGGUUAUGUCUUUGGUCGCGUUGGUUUGUCUGUCUGUCUCUUUGCUUGUUUGUCUGUCUGUCAGCAGGAUUAUGCAAAAUAGUUCUGAACAGAUUUGGAUGAAACUUUGUGUAGUUGUUGAAAAUGACCAAAGGAACAAGAGAUUACAUUUUGAUGGUGAUCCGGAUCACGAUCCGGAACCUGGACCUUUUUGAAGA